CCAAUUUGCAGCUAUGAUCAUUACAUCCUAAUUAAUUGCCACUGGACUUCACAUCAUAUCACCGUUUCACCGGGAAUGGGUUCAAUAAACACAAUUUUUCACCGGAUACAUCGGUUUGUCAAUGGCACAGGCAAUAAUGCGCGAUUUGUUCCCAGCACAAACAACUCGACGGAAGCGUUGACACUCAGUCCGAGAGCUGUUCCCAGCACAGUUUCAGAUCGUCGAUUUUUGCUCAAAGCAUGCAAGUUUAUGGAUCAAGUAGUGAAGAGUUGUCAUAGCCCAAGACUGAAUUUGAAAAAUUCGCCGCCUUUCAUUUUGGACAUUCUACCUGAUACUUAUACGCAUUUAAUGCUGAUAUUCACACAAAACAAUGACAUACUCCAAGACAACGACUACUUGAAAAUCUUUCUGGAGAGUAUGAUCAACAAGUGCAAAGAGAUCAUCAAACUGUUCAAGACGUCAGCUAUCUACAAUGACCAGUCUGAAGAACGACGGAAGCUUACGAAAAUGUCACUAACAUUUUCACAUAUGCUUUUCGAGAUUAAAGCAUUAUUUCCGGAAGGUAUCUAUAUUGAAGACCGGUUUCGGAUGACAAAGAAGGAAGCCGAAAGCUUUUGGAGUCAUCAUUUUACAAAAAAAAACAUUGUACCCUGGUCAACAUUUUUUACUGCAUUAGAAAAGCACCAUGGAUCAACGAUAGGAAAAAUGGAAGCAGCCGAAUUAAAAGCUACGAUAGACUUGAGCGGAGAUGAUUUUAUUUCGAAUUUUGAGUUUGAUGUGUUUACAAGGUUAUUCUACCCUUUCAAAACACUGAUCAAAAAUUGGCAAACACUCACCACCGCCCAUCCCGGAUACUGUGCAUUUCUCACAUACGAUGAGGUCAAAAAACGGUUAGAAAAAUUAACGAAAAAACCUGGAAGCUACAUCUUCCGGUUAUCAUGCACACGUCCUGGACAAUGGGCAAUAGGAUACGUAGCUCCGGAUGGAAAGAUUUAUCAGACAAUACCACAGAAUAAAAGUUUGAUUCAAGCACUACAUGAAGGCCAUAAAGAAGGAUUUUAUAUUUACCCGAACGGUAGAGAUCAAGAUAUUAACUUAUCCAAAUUGAUGGAUGUGCCACAAGCGGACAGAGUGCAAGUGACCAGUGAACAAUACGAGUUGUAUUGUGAGAUGGGCACAACAUUCGAGUUGUGCAAAAUUUGUGACGAUAACGAGAAGAACAUCAAAAUUGAGCCAUGUGGACAUUUGCUCUGCGCAAAAUGUUUGGCUAACUGGCAGGAUUCGGAUGGUGGUGGCAACACAUGUCCAUUCUGCCGCUACGAAAUCAAAGGAACAAAUCGUGUGAUUAUUGACAGGUUCAAGCCCACUCCGGUAGAAAUUGAAAAAGCGAAAAAUGUAGCUGCUGCGGAGAAGAAGCUGAUCUCAUUAGUUCCCGACGUGCCUCCCAGAACGUAUGUGUCCCAAUGUUCUCAAAGUUUGCUGCAUGACGCGUCAAACUCAAUUCCGUCGGUCGACGAGUUGCCGUUGGUGCCGCCACCGUUGCCACCGAAAGCAUUGGGUACCCUGGACACUUUGAAUUCGUCACAAACAUCCUCUUCAUACGUGAACAUCAAAGAGCUGGAAAAUGUUGAAACAAGCGGAGAAGCAUUGGCACAAGUGGUAAACCGGCAACGGGCGCCUUCAAUCCAAGCUCCACCACUACCGCCAAGGUUAUCAGCGAGCGAGCACCAACCACACCACCCAUACACAAAUACGAACAGUGAGCGGGAGUAGACUUGUGUAAAUGUUCAUCUUACCGCUUUAUACUGCAAUUUUCAUUCCCCCACUUAUCAUAGAACUAUUCUUCCACAACAACAUAUUGCCGUGACUAGAACUGGUAACACUACAUCAUUCUUUGUUAAAACGUUAUUAUAUCUCUAUUUCUUUUUCGCCUACUCCUUUCCGUUUUUUUUUCAAAUUUUGUCAAUUUUCCUACAGCGUUCUGACUCCUAUUGGUAAGCAAUCAUGUCAUAUCUUGUUAAAUUUUCAUGUUAAUUUCUUACUCUCGCUGUCCCAGAUUUUACGGAGUUUUCAGGAAACGUUUGAUUUUGUUCUAUUCUACAAUUUCCAUCGCCCCCAACCUGUCGUGUAUUUUCUAUGUGUCACUCUGAAGAAAACAAGUUUAGACUUUUUAAAAAUCGUUUUAUUACUCUAAAACUUAAAAGCUGAAAUGUCAGCUA